AUGUCUAAAGCUAAGGGUUUAGACAACGAAGUUAAUGGGUAUCCCCUGAAAACGCAUGAUCUAGAAGCUAAGUCAUUCUAUAUCAAAGUAAUCAACAAAGAGUUUCGAAAUCUACAGCUAGAUAAAGCUUUGAGAUCUAAGUCUAUAUUUGAUUUAAUAGACUACUGUGAGCUCCUUUAUGAGCAGCUGUCCGCAACAAGAGAUAAAAAUGAUGCGAUAAGAUUGUAUGUCAAAGGAUUUUUGAUUUUUAAUUACUUCAUAAACAGUUUCAUAAUGGUCCAUUUUCAUGGUUUUGAUGCAUUCAUUGAAUCCAACGAACAGGAUUUCAUUAUCUACUUGAAUGUAUUUGCAUUUUAUGUCAAUAAAUUAGCUAUCGAAAAUGAUUCUUUCACGAUCCCCUUAGAGCAUUUGAGAAGGUGGAUGUUGGAAUAUUUAAUGGACAACGAUCUUCUCAAUUUCGAUGUCAAAGAGCUAUACGAAUGGUUAUUCGAGUAUAUUGAUUAUCUAAAGAAUAAAGAUAAUUCGUUGGAAGAAAAUAGUGAUACAGGUCGUGAUCUUAAUUCACUUCAAGAGGACCCAUGUGAGUACACAAAUAGCCACCUAUUACCCAAGUCCGACAAGAUAUAUAAUUUGGCUGAUAUCAAUUUAGAAGAUUCCACUAUAUCCUCUAAUAGCCAAUAUAAUGUUGAUCCAGUGAAACAGUUUGUAAAUAGAUACCCUUCGGUCAAAUUAGAAAAAGAGCCUAUCUCAACGAAUGAAACUUAUGGAAUUUCGUUUCAAAGAUAUAAGCCAUCAGAUUCCAUUUCAACUUUGCCUGAUCUCCCACAGGUGGCACCGCCGGCACCUCCGCUCGCUUCAUAUCAAGAGAAUGUUUAUUCAUCUACUCCUUACCCCGUUGAUGUGCCUCCUAAAAGAGCUCCUUAUCCUAUCCGAGAAAAUUCAUAUGACGAUUCUACUUUCAUAGAUGAAGAUUUAAAUGGAAGUCUGAAGCAUCAUUUACGAUCUAAUGGAGAGUCAUCUACAAAUGUUCUAGAGAGAGAAAAAGAAUAUCAUCGUCCUCAACAUCCCUAUAAUUUAAAUAAGAGGCCACCUAUCGCUGUACCGAGCCAAAUAAAUGCCAGCGGUGUGAUACCUUACAAACUGGAAGUUGAACGCCCUCAGGUCAUACCAGCCCCUUCAGUGUUGCCUUUCAAUGGAAAUGGAAGUAGAAGUGGAAGCACAUCAUAUGUACCUCCUGUGGCACAGCAGCUGCUUAUAGGUAUAAGUCCACAUUUUGGUCUUCAGUAUAAUAAUAACAGUGAUUUUAGUAAUGGAUCAUAUCCAUCACAAUCUAGGGUAAAUUUCCAAGCUCCUCAAAAUAAAUCUCAAAAAGUAGAAAGCAUGAAGGAGUAUGCCAUAUGUGGUCUUAAAAAUUUUGGCUCGUCCUGUUACAUAAACCUGACUAUCCAAUUAUUAUUUGGACUUCUGGAUUUUAAAUCCGUAUUUCACAACCUGGAGUAUCAAAAAUACAUUCGAGAUCCGAAAUAUGUGGAUAUUAUAAGGGCUCUGAAAAUGAAUAAGAAUCCAGUUUUGCUUUCAGAAGCAAUUUCUAGUCUAUUGAAAGUUUUUGAAAGCCAUGGAAGUGCGUCCAUUGCUCCUACAAAAUUCUUGAGAGUUACUUCUUUAUUGAAGCCAGAUUUUCAUAUACCCCAUGAGCAGCAAGAUGCUCAAGAGUUCUUAUUAUUUAUUUUAGAAAGAUUGCAUGAAGAAUUGUCUUGCAAAGUACCAGAGCUGGUAGAAAUUACGGAUGAUUCUAUUGAAAGAUAUAUAUCAAAGUGGAACAUUGUCAUUAGCCAGAAAGAUAAAGAGGAAUACUUCAAGUGGUAUAAGUCUUUGAUCAAAAGUGAAGGCGACUCUCCAAUUCAUGAUUUAUUCCAAGGGCAUUUACAAAACAAGUUGAUAUGUUUCCGAUGUAAAUACGAGUCAAUUAAUUAUUCUCCAUUUACAAUAUUAUCGUUGCCAAUUCCUAAUAAACAUGGCGAAAGCGUGGAUUUGUCUGAUUGUCUCAAAUACUAUAUCCAAGACGAAGUUUUAACUGGUGAUAAUGCCUGGAAUUGUCCCAAAUGUUCUAGUUCUAAGCCACUGGACUCUUCUAAUAGCUCACUUGAUAACCACCCUGUUUUUAAUAAUAAAAAGUCUGGUAUAUUCAAAUUCAGUCGAAGGGCUAAGUCGCCGUCCAGAGACGUGCAAAAAACCCCUUUGAAUCCUACUGAGGGUUCUAUUUCAAUCAAGACGCUUGAUUUUAUAAAGCUUCCUCAAGUUCUUUUCAUUCAUUUAUCAAGAUUUUCAAUGUUUAACGUAACAGACAAGCUAGACACAAAAAUCCAGUAUCCAUUAGAAUUAAAGUUCAAAAAUCACAAUUAUAGCAUUGGAUACAAGUUGACCGGUUUGAUUAAUCACUAUGGAAAUCUCAAAAGUGGACACUAUACGUCUUUGGUGAAUAAAUCUGUAAUAGGUCAUAAUUUAGAUAAGUUGGACAACUUAAAGCAUCCUUAUUGGUGUUUGUUCGAUGACGACUGUAUCAGAGUUAAUAUGUUCCAUGGAGAUAUCAAUCACAAAACCCAUAACUCAUUUCAUUCAAGAGAUGUCUAUGUGUUAUGCUACGAAAGAACCUCUUAA